AUGUCCUCGCCAGCGUCUGGGUCUACCAAAUUCCCCUUCUCACCGCUGCCUGAAUCCGUCGACGCCUACAUGGCUGAGCAGGGCAUGCUGUCGGUCUCAGAACAACAUAUCAACGACUACCGAAGGAGGUACGAGUACCUACACCCUGACGAAGACUCUCCAAUUCUUCAACGGCAUAUUCAAUCUGUCCACCUCCUCCUUGGGUGGGACAAGGACAACAAUCCUGUCAAAGCCCGGCCUACUGCGGUGGCGGACCUGAAAAUCCCUGAAGGUUCGAUCACUCUUGGCUCGCACCGGCGCAGAUACACAGCCUACAAGGAAUUUUAUGAUCAAAUGGUGUGGAAUGCUCGUUUGGGAGUCUACAACGCCAGAUUAUUUGCCUACCACCAGCUGGCGACCAGUAAUUUUAAAUUCCAAUUACCGGCGGAUGUCCUUCCGGCGUUCAAUGCCUGGAAGCAGGGGGACUUUCAUACGGAGAUCCUAAAGUUGGUUCCUUUGUCGCGGUCCGUCCCUUAUUCUCCUCUAUACGAGGUCGCUGUGGACGAGCUGGCCACGGCCAUCACCCAGAAAGUCGAAGGUGGUGAGGCAAUUGCACGAACUUGGAAAGCCUUCGCAACAGCAUCUACCACCCAGAAAAACCUCACACCCUCAACCCCCAAGAAAAAGUACCCCAACAACAAUGUGCCUAACCCUAACAACCAAACACCCCCUCUGCGGGUGCCUCACCACCACAACAUUCACGCCCUGCCGCCUCAUCCCCUGGAACCGGUGUAUCCGGCGCGAGAUGAUAAUAGUCGAGGGAACGCGUCGGCGGAACAAUCUCCUCUGCGAAGCUUGCAGCGACAGCAGCAGCAGUAGAUAUUCCGAACGGAGGAUGAAC